CGCUGGCCUUGGACGUGUGUGGUGUUUGUCGGUUUAAACUGUCAUUAGGUGUGGUUUUUUUAGUUAAAAAUUAAUAAAUAACAAUAUUAAAAUAAAAUAGUUUGUUAAUUUAAGCUAAGCAAAAUGACAGGAAGAUUACCUGCUUGUGUUAUAGACGUAGGAACCGGAUAUACAAAGCUUGGUUUUGCUGCAAAUAAAGAACCACAGUUUAUAAUACCGUCUGCGAUAGCUAUAAAAGAAACCGCAAAAGUCGGGGAGCAAUCAAGUCGCAGAUUGGGCAAAGGUGUUGAAGAUUUGGACUUUUUUAUUGGAGAUGAAGCAUUUGAUGCCACUGGCUAUGCAGUCAAAUAUCCUGUGAGACAUGGACUUGUUGAAGACUGGGAUCUCAUGGAAAAGUUUUUAGAACAAUGUAUUUUUAAAUAUCUUCGGGCUGAACCAGAAGACCAUCAUUUUCUUUUGACAGAACCCCCUUUAAAUACUCCUGAAAAUAGGGAGUAUACUGCAGAAAUUAUGUUUGAGUCGUUUAAUGUGCCAGGCUUAUAUAUUGCUGUGCAAGCUGUGCUGGCUUUGGCAGCCAGUUGGGUUGGGCGAAGUAUUGAAGAUAGAACCUUAACUGGUGUAGUUAUUGACAGUGGGGAUGGAGUGACUCACGUUAUUCCUGUGGCUGAAGGAUAUGUCAUUGGUAGUUGCAUAAAACAUAUUCCUAUUGCUGGUAGGAACAUUACCUAUUUUAUUCAAUCACUUUUGCGUGAAAGAGAAAUUGGAAUCCCACCCGAACAAUCCCUAGAAACUGCCAAAGCUAUUAAAGAAAGAUAUUCCUACAUUUGCCCAGAUAUUGCUAAAGAAUUUGCCAAGUAUGACACUGAUCCAGCAAAAUGGAUGAAAAAAUAUGAUGGAGUCAAUUCAGUCACUAAACAACCUUUUAAUGUAGAUGUUGGAUAUGAACGAUUUUUAGGACCAGAAAUAUUCUUUCAUCCUGAAUUUGCCAAUCCUGAUUUUACUAUUCCUAUAUCAACAAUUGUUGAUGAUGUCAUUCAAAACUGCCCAAUAGAUGUAAGGAGGCCAUUAUACAAUAAUAUUGUAUUGUCUGGAGGCUCAACUAUGUUCAAAGAUUUUGGAAGGAGGUUAGGAAGGGAUAUUAAACACACUGUUAAUGCCAGGCUUAAACUUAGUGAAACCCUUGGUGGUGGCAAAUUAAAGCCAAAACCUAUUGAUGUUCAAGUAGUUUCACAUCACAUGCAAAGAUAUGCCGUUUGGUUUGGAGGAAGUAUGUUAGCCUCAACUCCUGAAUUUUAUACUGUUUGUCAUACUAAAGCUGCAUAUGAAGAACAUGGUCCUAGUAUUUGUAGACACAAUCCAGUUUUUGGAACUAUGACAUAAUUAUAUUGUAAAUAAGCCUUUGUUACAUUUUUUUAAACUUGAGAAUGUUUAUUAAUUUUUAGAAUUACUAAUUUUAACUUUUUUGUUUAAUGAAUAACAUUUUUUGUAUUUUAUAAUUUUUUACCUAAAAUUAUUUUCUACUCUUCUAUACAUUUGUUUUUAUAAGCAAU